UGCUGCCGCUUCCCCCUCUGUCACGAUGGAGAUGUGAGUCUUCCAGUGGAAUCAGUGGGAUUUGGUUCGAGCUAGCCGGAUAAUGGUAGACGACAGGCAGAUGCUGACUGUGGCCAUGCUGGCCACUUUCGCUGCCGGUCUUCUGUGUGUGAUCACUUCAGUGUGUGCAGAGGAAGAUACUGUGAUGGAUACAAGGACAGCAACGGCUGAGCUGGGCUGGAUAUCAUUCCCUGCUAAUGGAUGGGAGGAGGUGAGUGGCUAUGAUGAGAACCUCAACACCAUCAGGACGUAUCAAGUAUGCAAUGUGUUCGAGCCCAGUCAGAACAACUGGCUCCUCACGACAUACGUUGACAGACGGGCAGCGCUGCGGAUCUAUGUGGAAAUCCGCUUCACUGUACGAGACUGCGCCUCCAUCCCCAGUGUCCUUGGUUCCUGCAAAGAGACAUUCAACCUUUACUACCUGGAAACAGACAGGGCCGUGUCAGAGGGCAUCAGAGGGGUGGACUACUGGGCAAAUGCCCCCUUCCUUAAGGUGGAUACCAUUGCAGCAGAUGAGAGUUUCUCCCAAGUUGAUUUUGGAGGAAGGUUGAUGAAGGUCAACACAGAGGUCCGAAGUUUUGGCCCACUGUCCAAAGGAAAAGGGUUUCAUCUGGCUUUCCAGGAUCUGGGAGCCUGCAUGUCUCUCCUUGCUGUCAGAGUUUUCUACAAAAAAUGUCCCAGCAUAGUUCAGAACUUUGCUUACUUCCCAGAGACACUUACCGGCGCAGAAUCCACAUCACUUGUCAUUGCCAGAGGAAGUUGUAUUCCCAAUGCAGAGGAAGUGGAUGUUCCCAUAAAGCUGUAUUGUAAUGGCGACGGGGAGUGGAUGGUACCCAUUGGCAGCUGCAGCUGUAAGGCGGGUUAUGAACCAGACAGUGACAACUUGUGCAGAGCUUGUCCACAGGGCACCUUUAAAUCAUCCCAGGGGCCCGGAUUAUGUCAGCAAUGUCCAUUUAACAGUCGGUCCACCAUUGAGGCUGCCUCCCUUUGUGGUUGUCGGAAUGGUUACUAUCGUGGUGACAUGGACAAACCACAGGACUUGUGCACCAGUGUCCCUUCGGGUCCUCGUAACUUGGUCUCAGUUGUUAACCAGACAUCAGUGCAACUGGAGUGGAAUCCACCGCGUGACAUCGGGCACCGUCAAGACUUGUCUUACAACGUGUUGUGCCACCGAUGUCACAGCGGUGAGCGACGGCUCUGUCAGCCAUGUGACGACAGUGUGGCCUAUGAUCCGGGCCGGAGGGGGUUAAAAGUAACCAAGGUGGAAAUCAGCAAGCUGCGGGCCCACACAUCAUACACCUUCGACAUACAGGCAGUCAACGGUGUCUCCAACAAGAGCCCCUAUCCCGCCCAGCAGGUGUCACUCAACAUUACAACCAAUCAAGCUGCUCCUUCAAUGGUUCCAAUAAUGCACCAAGUGAGCUCUACAAGUCGCAGUUUCUCAUUGUCGUGGCCUCCCCCUGAACAUCCCAACGGAAUAAUCCUCGACUAUGAGAUACGAUUCUAUGACCAGUCUCAGCAUUCAGUGUCUAACAGUUCAGUGGUUCAGAGCAAGACCCCCAGUAUGAUUCUGGAGGGGCUGAGGCCCGGCACCGGGUAUGUGGUUCAGGUGAGGGCCCGCACUGUGGCUGGCUACGGAGCUUACAGCAAAGAGAUGCUCUUCCAAACACUCACUGAUGAUGAGUUCAAGUCAGAGCUAGGACAGCAGCUCUCCCUGAUUGCAGGCUCUUUAGUAGGCGGAGUGUGUAUUGUCUCUCUGGUAGCCAUCACCAUCAUUUGUACCAGGAGAAGGCAAUUGAAAGGGAGUGCGUACGGUGACAAGUUGCAGCAGUACAAUGCUGGUGGAGAGGUGACGCUGAGAACUGACAUGUUUAGUGGUCCUACCCCUACGGUGACCUUCCCCACCCUGUCUGAUGGUCACAGUUCACCGGGGGUCAAGAUAUACAUCGACCCUUUCACUUACGAAGACCCCAAUGAGGCUGUCCGAGAAUUUGCCAAGGAAAUUGACUCCUCAUGUGUGAAGAUAGAGGAAGUCAUUGGCUCAGGUGAGUUUGGAGAGGUGUACAAAGGCCGCCUGAAGCCACUGGGCAAAAGAGAAAUUCCUGUUGCCAUCAAGACUCUGAAGGUGGGCUACUCUGAGAGGCAGCGGCGGGACUUUCUGUCUGAGGCGUCAAUCAUGGGCCAAUUCGACCAACCAAACAUCAUUAGGUUGGAGGGUGUGGUUACCAAGAGCAGACCCACAAUGAUCAUCACCGAAUUCAUGGAGAAUGGAGCUCUUGACUCAUUUCUCCGGCAAAAUGACGGGCAGUUCCCAGUGAUCCAACUGGUUGGUAUGCUGAGAGGCAUAACAUCUGGAAUGAGGUACCUGGCAGAGAUGAGUUACGUUCACAGAGACCUGGCUGCUCGGAACAUCCUGGUUAACAGUAACUUGGUGUGUAAGGUGUCUGACUUUGGCUUGUCUCGUUACCUGGAGGAAGAUACUUCUGAUCCCACUUACACUAGCUCACUGGGUGGUAAAAUCCCAGUGCGGUGGACAGCCCCAGAGGCAAUCGCCUAUAGGAAGUUCACAUCAGCCUCAGAUGUUUGGAGUUAUGGGAUCGUCACCUGGGAGGUCAUGUCAUACGGCGAAAGGCCUUACUGGGAUAUGAGUAACCAAGAUGUGAUCAACGCCAUUGAGCAGGACUUCCGGCUGCCAGCUCCCAUGGACUGUCCAACAGUUCUACACCAGCUGAUGCUGGACUGCUGGCAAAAAGACAGGAACGCUCGUCCAAAGUUCCCUGAUGUUGUCAACAUGUUGGACAAGAUGAUACGCAACCCUGCAUCCCUGAAAGCCGGCACUAACAAUGUUGCGCCAGGUCCUUCCCAUCAUCCGUUGUUAGAUCGUGGUGCUCCAGAUCUGAGCCGGUUGAGCUCUGUGGAGGACUGGCUGGCUGCACUUAAGAUGACCCAGUACAGAGACUCCUUCCUGGGAUCAGGCUUCACCUCCUUGCCACUCGUCACUCAAAUCACUGCAGAAGACCUCCAGAGGAUCGGCGUAUCUCUAGCCGGACACCAGAAGAAAAUCCUUACAAGUGUUCAGUCAAUGAGGCACCACAUCGAUGACCAGUCUCCUACUGAAUCUGUUUAGUUGCCACAUUCAUAAUGGUUGCUUUUAAAGUAUUCAGGCAAGGAGGGUGUGCUCUACUUUUACACACACGUGUCCACCCCUUUCCUCCUCUAUUUAGCUUCCGAGAUCAAUUUCAAUUUAAUGCCUUGUGGAAGUUAUAAAAUGCACAUUUGCAAGAGCCAAUGCAAGGUCAGCAUGCUCUCUAAGCGGUGAAAAAGUGGCACGUAUCUGUUCUGUACAACACCUGAUCUGCUCUGACCUGAAGGAACUACAAUCAUAAAAGCCCAUUUCCAUCCAUCCAUCCAUCCAUCCAUCCAGUCUUUACCAACUUGGCAGUUGGAUUCAAGGACAGUGCGGUCUAACGCUCCACCUUAAGCAGCCAUUAUAUGAACAUACUGGGAGGGGAAAAAUGUUGAAAACUGUCCAAAAAGCCCAGUAAGUGGUUCUUGUGUAAAAAUAUAUAGAGUAUAUUAAAAAACAAGACUGUCAACUGCCACUACUUGAAUGCAGGAGAACCCAUGGUUAAGUGAGACUGUGACAAUUUUAUCUUCAUAUUGAAGAGUCUGUACAUAUUAUGAUAUGGGGUGUUUCUUUUUGCUAUUUGCUCAUUUGUUUGAUGACUGUGAUUGUGAUUAGUAUUCUUCACGAUUAGCUUUUCACUCUUUGAUGAAACAAAUUCGCAGUCUGGUGCACAAACAGGUUGUAUAGUUUUCUUGGUAUACAUUCAGUAAUCCAAUGAGUAGAUCACCUCUUCCAUGCAGAGGCUUUGCAAAAAUUUGAAAUUUGAGUACUUAAUAUGACUGUUGUUAAAAAUCAGCAAAAAUACUCUCUGAAGCCCACUAUGGGAAAAUUAAAGUAAAAUGCAAUACUACAAGGUAAUACCACAAUUGAUAGGAAACAAGAACACAACAUCAACAGACAUCAACCGAAAUGUUCCUGUUGUGCACGAACUGCAGUGGGUCGUAAAAAGACAUACAAGAUAAUCUUGUGAUUUAGCUUCAACAUUGACAGGAGGUCAACCAUUAUUUUCUCAGCUGAACCCAUCAAAGGUCACAUGCACAAAUCAAAUUUAUUUCAUACUUGUAUGGAUGACAUCCAAAGGGUGAUGAUCAUUUUGCACCAGGCAGGGCGAAACCUUUGCAUCAAUCUGUUUUUUACUCACAGGUCACCCGAUGGGACAUUGUCGAUAGGACAUUGUCGAUGGGUCAGUUGUGACAGUCAUGAGGAUUAACAUGAGAAAUCACAUAAGGUGAUCUGCCUGUAGUCUUAUUUUGGAAAGCAACCAUUGACAGGCAAACCUAAAACAAUACCAAAAUUCUGACACCUUCCAUCCUACCAAGACAAUUGUGUGCUUUCAACUUCCAACAUGACCCUUUUCUAGUGCAGCUGCCUCUACCCUAAUGCACAAAACCAAGGUCCAUACAGACAUACUGUAGAACUGCUGUGAUAGCUGCAAAGGGGAGACCAACUUCUAUUUGCUUGCAUUCUCUCUGGAAGGAGUGUUAAGUCGUUAGUUUUGAAUACGUUUUGUUUGUGGAUGACUGAAAUCUGCAUUUUGUCUAGCGCCACUGCUCCUCACAGCUUUCAGUCUUUUCCUGAUAAUGUUUGCAAAUAUUUGAAUCACUACAUUUUCCACUUUUAAGUCAAAAAUGGCUCCACUGGUGUGACCAUAUCUGCAUGUGUUGCCGGGCAACCUUAGAAUAUUAAAAAGUUAAGUCUGGAAUUCAUUGAUAUAUACAGUGUCAGCAGUUCGUCACCGCUGGGGAAACACUUUCUACAUUGGUUCAAAGGUUUACUAACAAAUUGAGAUAAUAAGCUAACAAAUAUGUGAAUCCUGUCGUUCAGUGUGACUUGCCUGUUUCUCACUUUAAAUGAUUAGCUUUCAAAGAACUCACGUCACUGUGUUAGUGGAAAUAAACAACUGCAAGAUUGUUGCUGCAACAGAAGCAACAAUAUCUCAGGAAUACGGGUGUGUGAGUUUUGUUCAAGUGUAAAUGUGACCCUAAAUUGGUAAUGCUUACACUAUCCAGAGGUAUUGGAUAUUAAUAACUCAGUUUUAAGAAUUCCAGAGUCCAUAAAAAUCAAGCACGGUGGAUGA